GACUGCGCAAAGUUCUACGACGAAGGCUUGCGCAAGUAGCAAAGGAGGAAAGGGACUGCUCACUUGGGUCGACGUAUAUUUUUGAAGAUGAUGAUCACGUUGAAGGGAAGUGCAGUGAAGUUGGACUGAUUCAGAGGUUGGGAUCCUCAGUUUUCUCUCGUUUUGGCGGAAGUACUCGUUUUGGCGGAAGUAGUUCCAGGCCAGGAGCUGCAGAAGUUUCAACUACGACGUCAACGUCCGCUCCCUCGAAAAAGAAAAAGAAGUCUUUAUCGCUGCCCUGUGGUGCUUUGAGGUUCCAUGCUUUUGGUUCCCCCAAUGCUGAGCAUACUCUGACUAAAUUGCUCGAACAAGAUACUCCUAGACCCUUGCUGCCAUUGAAGGAAGCACUUAGCAGUGCUUUUUCAACAGAUCCGUCAGUGUCAGAUUGGCCGAAGGCUGGAAACAGGAUGCCGUUUGACUUUCCUGUGUUCGUGCAAGACAUGCGGGCACGCAGAUUCAUCUCAGUGCAGACUCACGGAGGUCAUCUGACAAGUGAAAAUACUUCUGCUUGGACGGUUACUGGGGACGUCGUGACUCCGCAUUCAUCUAGUCACCAGCGUCCAAGUCGUCCUAUUGGCAUCCGAGACUGGGAAGUUGCUAUGCACAACAACAUCGUACUCACGACGUCCGGCACUGGGACCAACGCAGUGGAACGAUCCGAUAUUCACAUCAUCGUGGAGCAUGCGGGACAAAAGAAGGUGUAUGAUGUGACGGACUACUUGCCAAAUCAUCCAGGGGGCGUGACCUAUUUUCAGGAAUGUGCGGGAGUGGAUUGCACUCAGCAAAUCCUCUUUGCACACUGUGCGGGACCGUUUCAGCAGCAUCAUGCUCAGGUACUACAAGUAAUUAGCAUAGUACAACUUGGUUAGUUUAUUGAGUACUCGGCGUAGGACGAGUCCCAAGGUGUAGGAGGACACCUUGCUUUUCAUCUCAUUUUCAUCAACCUUGGAAUCCGCUAAACACAGACAUCUACUUCUAGUUCUACAUCACAUGACCAUUAUCCACCUAUUUUUCAUCCUGAUCACAAACACAAUUCAACAAUUUCAAGUUAUUCUCGACACAACGAACUGAAUCACAAACACAAUUCAACAAGAAUUCCAAAUCUCCGCACAACUACUUAGUAAAAUUAGACUCCCCACGACAACAUCAGGCUGUCGCAGCUUGUCUCUCUUCCCCCGGUGAAAUGCUUUUGUGGGAGAAGCAUGCUAUGCUAGACCCCUUCGUCGCUGGGACGCUUGCCCCUCUUGCAAUUGGUGAACUAGAUAGUAGAUCGGAGAAGUCGAUUAUUUUGGGCGAAUCUACGGAGCAGCAACUAUCUUCUUCUAUUAAGGCUCAGCUUUCAAUGGUCAUUGGGGUUGGUCACUGAGAUCGAAGAGGCGACCCCUUGAGACAACAGGGGGAAACGAAGGGAAAGAAGGGGGUCUCUUCCGUUCAGCAUCAGUGACCAUUGAAUGCUGCGCUUUAAUUCUAGUCAGCCUCCGCGUGACACCGAAGCCGGACAGAAAUACAAAGAGCAUUUGCUCGACACAGUGGACAAGUAUGAGAAGUAUGCAAAAGCUUUGCUUGCCUUGACAAAGUGGGAAAAUCAGGUAGCGUUUCAACGUCAGCGUCGAAAAGUGUUGUGGUCAGGACAAAGUGAUCAAGUGGUCAAGUUUCUAACCUCAGUCGUACCGGAUCAAGUGGCUGACAUUCUUGUUGAACAACAAUCUCACGAUGAUGUCGACGUCCUCCUCCAAAAGCAGAAGAAGCAUCUCACAGCCGUGGUAGAGAAAUACGGAGAAACGAUCCUCUGGUUGAACUAUGAAAUGGGGAAAGAAAACCCUUGCGCUCAGGAAUUGUUUCACAAUGAGUUGGACGCAACAACGACCUUGGUCCGCGAAGUGAAGCAGGCGCUUUAUGAGGUAUUGGCGCAGAGAAAGAGAUGGGUGCAGCAGUAUGACGAACAUCGGCACGAUUUUCAUUUCUGGGUAAACGGUAGUAGGACUGGUCUGGGCCUGGGUUUUGACGUUUCGUCGGACAAAGAGUCGGAGAGAUUUCUGUCGAAGUUGAUGAAUAUCCUCAGAGAGGGAGACCAAAGUCAAGCUCAAGCGGAUUCUACUUCGGAAUUUGAUGCAGCUAUUGGCUUCUUGUCUUUUUUUCGCUCGACCUCGACACAGCGUAGGUCAACGUCUGCUACUAGUUCUAGUGCUAGACUGCAACUAGAUGGCUACGAACGACUAGUUGGCAAAUUGCUAGCCUCCGAGGUGAGGAAACUGUCGCAACGCCUGCAGGACAUGACAAAAGGAUUUAGCGACCAGGGAUUGGCCAUCAUCAAUGCCAACACUGAUUUGAAAUUGCAGCAGUUUGGUGCAGCAAGACGAGUUUUUCAGCAGCGAGGAGAUGUGGUCGAUGAAGAGAAAGCCAAAGAAGGAGAAGAUAAAACUCAACAGACUCACAGCAACGUGGUGAACAAUGAGGACGGAGCCUCUAGCGUGAAAAAUGACAGUCCAAGUUCAACAACUCCUGGAGGGAAGUUUCUUGGACAUCAUUUGUACCACGGAUUCACCGGUGCGAUGAGUACAGUAGCAGGACGUUUGUUCACGACCAAAGCUAACGAUGCUGUGGAUAGCAAUGAAUUUAUGCUUUUUAAACACGUUGUUGAUAGAUCAGUUUUACUUCACCAGGCUGGCUUCUUAUCGGUAAAAUAGUAAGCGGACUCACGACUAUGCACAUCUUCUUCACUCUAUAAUAUCUUCAAUGUGAGAAGUUCUACAAUGUCGUGUAUAAGAAAGUAGAUCUUCAAUGAUGUGAGGUCUAGCACUUACCCGACAUCAACACUCUCACUCCGACUUUGAAUUAUUCAGCUUAACUUUCCUGAGUCUGCUAAAGUCUACUAAGUUACCUCAAGUAGAUCAAAACAGUUAUUCAGCUUCUAACAAGCUACUUCUCGUGAAUCGUCGCAGAGAAGCUGAAUUUGCGCAUAUGCGCGCGGUGCCGCACACUCGAAGACAAGACAAAUGUGAAAGGACCGGCAAGGCAGGCGACAUUUCUCUCUGUCCGUUUCUUGCUGGACAACAGAGGAAUAGUAGGCCAUGAUGAUGAUACGCGGAUCAUGAAGAAGGUGGGCGGAUGGUGAAUAGUAGGCCAUGAUGAUGAUACGCGGCUGUUGAAGGAGAUCAUGGGAUGGUAUGCCGCGUAUAACAGCGCAGAUGCUGGUAUGCGUACUAUAACAGCGCAAGCAGAUAAUUGCAGAUUAUACUAAUGCAGGAUCAUAGAGAAAGAUUUUUAAUCUAGACGGUGAAGACGAUGAGCAAAGAAAUUGAAUACUUAACCUUACGAUUUUUAAGUCUAGGUGGAUGAGCAACACAGUCAAUAUGACGGCUAACUUAUAUAACACAGACACAGACUCAGACUCAACAAAGAGACAUAAUACUGACAAACAUAAAAGUAGGUCUAGAAGAAGUAACAUAAUCAUAGUCGGGAAAAUGAAACUCUAACUAUUACCUUCAGGUAAACACAGAAUCUCAUAAAAUCAUCAUCAUAGACUACAUGAACGCAGACUGUGCUAUUAAGAAUCUGAUUAGAUAAAUGCACUCUUGAGCUUUUCUUCCUCGCUCCUGUUUCGACCUUCUGCUUUUAAUAGAAAGAUACUCGUGAAAGAUUUAAAUAUGAAAUUAAGAUGACGACUUUACAAUUCGAUUCGGUAUUAGGGGUGUCGAGGAUCGCGUGGUAGUAGUAGUGCCUGAGUCGCUUCAGUACCACCUGAUGUGAUGGACAGUGGCUCUGUGUACUAUGCGACUGAUCAGAUGGACAGUGGCUCUGUGUAUGCGACUGAUCAGAUGGACAGUGGCUGAGUGGCUACCUGAGUCGCUCCAGUGCCUGAUGUGUAUGCGACUGAUCAGGCAUCACGCUGUACCUACUUAGACUACUACACGCACACAGUAUUCCUAGUGUGAUCGCGUGGUUGUAGUAGGACUCAACAAGAAAAUAAUAGAUUUAACCUCAUUUUUGAUGAAACGCAUCAACAUCUUGUUAUGGCUUCUUGUGUCUGGUUUGUCUUUGUGCCGGAGCUAACAAUUCAGUAUAGAUUUCAAGUCUCUACUUGUACUACAAAUAGGGUCAGUUGCUGUAGUUAUCCUCAACUACAUUCAUAAUCUUUUUACAGUCCCGAGUACGAAUUAUAGGAGUACUUAUAGUGAUUCUUUUAUUAACACCAUAGUCAUACGUAAUGUAUAGUGAGGGAUAUCGCCUAUGACAUCAACCGUUUGACAUAGGGUUCAUCCACGCUGUUUUCAUCAACCGUUUGAAACAGAUGAGGGAUUGUUUUCUUAGAACUAAUAGGGUUUAGGUACGACCUGUAGAUCUCAAAGAUCGUAUAUGGAGUUCACUUUGCUUCGUCCAUUUCGAUAUUAGUCUCGAUGAAAAUUUAGAAGUGGUAAACAAACUAAAAGGAAAAUAUGUUGAAGAUUCUGAGUGGUAGAAGUGGUCACUUCAAAAAGAAGGUACAGAAUAGUUGAAACGCCUGAAUUAGCUGAAUAGAAGACGUUACUUGAUGUUUCAAAAUAUAUCUUUUUCUUCUGGCGGUAUGAGUCUUCGAUGGUAGGGGUGCGCACUUCUAGUUUCCUUCAUCAUCAUCACGUUUCUGUCGUGGUGUGCUGGACAUCUUCUAGUUCCUCAACAACAUCAUUCUAACCUUCGUUUCUCUUUGAUUGUUGAUGGAUUGAGAUGUGAAGACCUCGUUACGUGUAGGACCUCGAGACGUGCAGACACGUGGACCAGUGUUGAUUUUCCAAAAAGCAUCUUACGCGGAAAAUACGCAGGUAGGUUUUGAUUUAUCGGAACUCGCUCGUACUACAAAAAAAAAAAUCAUUGAAUUGAAUUGGAUGGAAUUUCAUGUGGUCGGAAAGCAGGGCAGCGAAAGAUUGGAUAAAUCAACAGAUCACUCACUUCUCUUCGGCAGCAGAAGCUAGUGUUGUAGCGUUCAUUACUAUAGAUACCCCCGGUGCAGCGUGCGUUUGCGUCUUUGGUUGUUGUAUUCAAUACUGAUUUGCGAUGAGCAAUAAAGAAAUAUUGCCUCCUGAUGGAUGUAAGUGUAACUGAAUUUCAUCUUUGAGAAGCGUAGUAUCAUAAUUCGGC